AUGGCUACACUGGCACCGCCAGCCUUACCGUCAAUAACUCGCACAAGACCAGAGCUGCAAUCGAAGAAAACGAUCUCACCAGAAGAUUAUGCACGUCUUGUCGAGUCCCAUUCUAAGCGCUCUGCGGCAGAAACUGUCUAUCCUGGAACCAACUUCGCCAACCUCGCAGCGUAUUUGCUGGGGCCAUAUGAGAGGCACAACGCUGCGAGCUCUCAGGAGAACGUGUCUGCCAAUGAACCCAUGGUUGACACGAGCUAUGUUACCCUAUACUGCUUUGGCGACAAUGAUUCGACUCAUCACUUCAAUCUAUCGACACAGCUCACAAACCUCAACCUGGACGCACAGACUGAUAUCAAAGGGCGAUUGCUCUUUAUACGCGGCAACGUCGCUCCCGAGUGGCUGGCUGUCAUAGGUGCUAAAUUUAGCCUGGAGCCGGAGUUCUUCCAGAGACAUCUUGAUUUCAGACAUGCCAUCAGACGACCCGACUACUUCUUGUUACCUACAAUGCCCUCCGGGGCCAGCCAGAUGACGCGAUUCCGGCUCAACACGAUCGGCUAUGUUAUGCAGCAUCACAGAACCGGCCGCGGGCUCGACCAGGCCGAUUUGGACAUGGUCAGACAUCGUGCUGAAGACUCUUGGGCUGAGUAUGCGGAAAGACUCGCCCGCGGCCGUGAAGGCGAGAGCAGGUCCGGGGACUCGAUCGUGCGAGAAUUUUCCAUCCAUGACCACGAUCACUUUAGUCUCGAGCAGGACAUUUCGGUGCACAUAACGUUCGCGGAUGACAAAUGGCUUGUGGUAUGGCUCGAUGUAGGUCAAGCCCUGACUCUAGGUCCUGGCGAACCAUGGAGCCCACAGCUAUUCGGCGUCGACCCCCUUGAAAUAAGCCUCCAUCCUACCAUUCAGCAACGUGAUGGUGUGGCCUUGGACGGGAAGUCAUACAUCAACAAAACGGCAAAAUCUGAAGAAGGUGAUACCAAUCAUUCUCGGAUUGUCCAGACAGCCUCGUUGUUGCACCUCGAGUAUGACCGCCGUUUGGAAGCCGAUACCGUAUCCAAUCGUCCUGUAUUCGCGUUGAUUGAUAUCCUUCGUCUCUGCGCCAACUCCGAGGUUCAACUUCUCAACAUGAUAGAGGCGAAAAUUAGCAUAGAGCUAAGUCCGGCUCGGUCACAGGCUCAGAACGAACCCACAGUGUCAAACCUCCUAUACCACAAGCGAGUAUUACGUCGUCAUAUGCAACGACUACUCGAAAACAAAAGCUUUAUCGAGACUCAAGCCAGCAUGGCCCAACAUGAUUCCUUGAAACCCUGUCUUUCCAGCGGUUCCAAGUCAAAGCUAGACACGAUAUUACAUGAUUUUGAUUAUCUACUCGAGAAAGCCAAGGAUCUCGCGAACGAAUGUGAUCGUGGCAUGGGUAUCAUGAUGAACAAGGCAAGCAUCAAAGAAGCCCAGAAGGCAAUUGUGCAGGCUGAACGAAUCACCAAGCUCACCAAACUUGCAUUUGUCUUUGUGCCAUUGUCUUUCACUUGUUCAUUCUUCGGAAUGAACUUCUCGCAAUUUUCUGCGGACAGCGACCUUAGUCUCUGGAUUUGGGCCACUCUUUCCGCUCCCAUCCUUAUCCUCUCAAUGAUUUUCAUGAAUUGGGAUGUGGCGUGGGAGAUUCGGAGAUGGCUCACACGGGCUGAUCGAGCAAGCCAGCCCAUCGGCACUUGGUUGACUGAACGGAGCUCGCGGUUCUAUGCACACUCGAUUGAUCGCAGGAAACUUCCCCCGGAAGUAUGA